GCGAUUCUUCAAAACAACACGAGGAGGAAGAGCCGAGCGACGAGCGAGGGAACCGGUAUCCGAGGUUAGUAUCGCGAGAGAUCUUCCUCGCUGAGAGAGAGAGAGAGAGAGAUGUCAGUUGGGAGCGAGAUCGCGAGAAGGAAAGAAGGAGCAUGUCUGCGCGUCUGCUGGCUUAGUGGAGAUUACGAGUGCAGACUGCGAGUACCAAAACUUCUGCUGCCAGCUGACGAAUGUAAUAUAUCUUUUGAACAAAAUGAGAUCGACGAUCAUUGUUAUUGCCCUUCUCGGCAUUUUUGAAAAUCAGCUGGGCUUUAUAGGUGCAAAUGAAUAUGACCUGCAUCUUUGUAUGAAUAAUCGAACCGUAACGACGAAAAUAAUAGAUUCACAGGACAGUUAUAGUUGCAGUUGUAAAGUGGGUCCUUACGAAGGACCGGUAAUUAGGGAUGAUUACGUACACAUGCCUGGAAUCGGAUCUCACAAGCUACACACUGAAGCUAAAUCCUGGAACGACGCUCGGAAAAUCUGCAACGAAGAGGGCGGACACUUGGCAGUUAUUAAUUCGAGAGAGGAGGAAACUAUUCUGCUCAACAUGUUAAACGCAUCCAGAAAUAACAUAACUAAUGCUACUAAUACCGAAGUAGCUUUCUUGGGAAUCCACGAUUUUUUCAAAGAAGGCGAAUGGUUGACGAUUUUCGGACAUUCCAUUCACAGCACCGGUUAUGCUAAUUGGUCGGCAACUUAUUGGGGUGGACAACCCGAUAACAAGAACAAGAAUCAGAAUUGCGGAGCACUCAUCUACGAGGGGGGACUGGACGACGUUUUCUGUCACGAAAGUUAUGCUUUCUUCUGUGAACUGCCACUAAGCUGUACAUGAGUUGACAAUGUUUUGUUUAUUAUACAUCGAGAUCAAAGUAUGUUAUUCGAAAAAGUCUUACAAUAAAAGUCUAUACUAUACAGA